AUGUUGAAAUUUCCGUCACCUUAUCAAAAAGUACUUCCUCAUGAUAUUCCAGUUAUUUAUCCUCAAGAUUAUACGAAAAAUACUACUAUUGGUAAUCGAAUAGUUGGUUCAAUUGUUGGUUUAGCAGUAGGAGAUGCACUUGGAGCUAGUGUAGAAUUUCGAUCACAUCAAUAUCUAUCGGCGUAUCCUAUAUUUGGUAUGAUGUCUGGUGGUACAUGGGGAUUAGAAGCAGGUCAAUGGACAGAUGAUACAUCCAUGGCAUUAUGUCUUGCUGCUUCACUUAUUACGGAAAAAGGUUAUGAUGCUUAUGAUCAAAUGGUUCGUUAUAAAUGGUGGUAUAAAUAUGGUUAUUUAUCUUCAACUGGACAUUGUUUCGAUAUUGGAAAUGGUACUCGUGAUGCAUUAGAUGAAUUUUAUGCUCGUCAAAAUCAUCUUAAGAAAAAACUUAAUUUACAACAUGAUUUAGAUGUUGAUCAACUUCCUCGUCGUAUUAUUCGAGAAAUGCGUUUUAAUGUUAAUUGUAGUAAACCAGAAACUCUUGGAAAUGGAGCUUUAAUGCGUCUUGCUCCUGUACCAUUAUUUUUCUAUCGUAAACCAUCUUUAGCUGUUGAAUUAUCAGGUCAAAGUGCUUGUUUAACACAUGGUGAUGAUAUAGCAAUUGAUGCGUGUCGUUACUAUGGUGCUUUAAUUGUUGCAGCUAUUAUUGGUGAAUCAAAAGAGAAUAUACUUAGUGAACAAUUUUAUCAUACACAUCGAACAUGGUUUGGUAUAAAACCACUUCAUAGUGAUAUUAUUUAUAUUGCUAAUGGAUCUUUUAAACAACCAGGUGGUUAUAAAGAUGGUAUACGUGGUAAAGGACAUGUUGUUAUGUCACUUGAAGCAGCUUUAUGGGCGUUUUGGAAAGGAAAAUCUUUUCGUGAUGGUGUACUAAAUGCUGUUAAUUUAGGUGAUGAUACAGAUACAACAGCAGCUAUUUAUGGUCAAUUAGCCGGUGCUUAUUAUACAUAUCAAAAAAUUCCACAAAAUUGGAUAAAUCAAUUGUAUGCAAAUUCUUUAAUUAUUUGUAUUGGUCAAUGGCUACAAGUUUCAGGUUAUCGAGAAACACAAAAAUCUAAACAUAAAAAGGCUCAACGAGUUAAGAGUCUUCCACCAAAUCUAUUAAAACAACAUACUCAUGUGAAUAAAAUACUAUCGGGUGGAAUACAACAUUUACCAACGGAAAAAAAACAUAAGAAACGUCAUCGUAGCAAACAUGUUAAAUCUCCUCCAGUAAUCGAUCUUGCAGAAAUAUUAUUAAAGAAUGAAUUAUUUUAA